GCACCUCACGUGACCGCGCGCUGUCCCGCGCGAGCCGCCGUCGCCGGCAAGAUGGCGGCGGACUCGAGCGACGGCGAGGAGGAGGAUUUGGUGAACUACGGCACGGCGCUGCAGCCCCUGCAGGAGGGUGAACGAAUUAAGAAGCCAGUUCCUCUGCAAGAGCAGACUGUUAAAGAUGCAAAGGGGCGAUAUCAGCGUUUUCAUGGAGCAUUUACUGGUGGCUUCUCUGCUGGUUACUUUAACACUGUUGGCACUAAGGAAGGAUGGACGCCCUCAGCUUUUAUAUCAUCACGGCAGAAGAGAGCAGACAGAACUGUUCUUGGACCAGAAGACUUCAUGGAUGAAGAGGAUCUUAGUGAAUUUGGGAUAGCCCCAAAAGAUAUUACAACCACAGAUGAUUUUGCAUCUAAAGCUAAGGACAGAAUAAAAGAGAAAGCUAGACAGAUUGCAGGAGUAGUUGCUGCCAUUCCUGGAACUAGUGCGUUUGAUGACUUAAUAGGACCAUCAAAAAUAACGAUUGGGGUUGAACUGUUGAGAAAAAUGGGCUGGAAAGAAGGACAAGGAAUUGGACCGCGAGUCAAGAGAAAGCCACGUAGGCAGAAACCUGACCCUGAAGUGAAAAUAUAUGGCUGUGCAUUACCACCUGGGCUGUCAGGAGGUUCUGAGGAUGAAGAGGAUGAAUACCAGCCAGAAAAUGUGACAUUUGCACCAAAAGAUGUAAUGCCUGUAGAUUUGACUCCAAAAGAGAAUGUCCACGGACUUGGCUAUAAGGGUUUGGACCCCUCACAAGCUUUGUUUGGUACAUCUGGAAGAGAACACCUUAAUCUGUUUGCAGUUGAUUCUGAAGACUCAAGUAAUUUAAUUGGUGAUGUGAGAAACAAUAGACGAAGAAAACUAGGUAUCACAGGCCAGGUAAGAUAUUGUUUCAGGUAUAUUAGUACUGUGAUAAAAUCUAAAAUGUAGUUAGAGUGGGACCUA